AUGGUUGUGGUAGUCAAAGAUGUUGAUGCAUCAGUAGUAGUUGUGGUGUCAGGCAGAGUUGUGGUUGAUUCAUCGGCUGUUGUUGACGUUGGUGCUCCAGUCGAAGAUUUUGGAGGGGUGUUUGUGGAAGUCAAAAUUGUAGCAUCAGUAGUUUUUGUGGUGUCAGGCAGAGUUGUGGUUGCUGCUUCAGUUGUUGAAAUUGGUGCAAUACUUGAGGAUAUUGAAACAGUGUUUGUCAAAGCCAAAGUUGUAGUUGCAUCAAUAGUUGUUGUGGUGUCAGACAGAGUUGUAGUUGCUGCAUCAGAUAUUGUUGCCGUUGGUGCCACAGUUGAGGGUGUUGGAAAGGUGGUUGUGGUAGCCAAAGAUGUUGUUGCAUCAGUAGUUGUUGUGGUGUCAUGCGGAGUUGUGGUUGAUUCAUCAGCUAUUGUUGACAUUGGUGCAACAGUCGAAGACGUUGGAGGGGUGUUUGUGGAAGUCAAAAUUUUAGCAUCAGUAGUUUUUGUGGUGUCAGACAGAGUUGUAGUUGCUGCAUCGGUUGUUAAAAUUGGUGCAAUACUUGAGGAUAUUGAAACAGUAUUUGUGAAAGCUAAAGUUGUAGUUGCAUCAAUAGUUGUUGUGGUGUCAGACAGAGUUGUGGUUGAUGCAUCAGUUGUUGUUGACGCUGGUGCUAUAGUUGAGGAUGUUGGGGUGCUGGUUGUGGAAGCCAAAAUUGUUGUUGCGUAAAUAGCUUUUGUGGUGUCGGGCAUAGUUGUGGUUGCUCCAUCAGAUGUUGACACUGGAGGGGUGAUUGUGGAAGUCAAAGUUGUUGUUGUUGCAUCUAUAAUUG